CGUAAAAUAUUGGGCUUGCAUUAAUUUCUCGCGAAGUGUUCAAGAAACCGCUGCUUGCAGUUUCUGCCAACAGCUUGUUGAGAUGUGCCAAAUUUCUAGCAUGGAGUUUGAAAGUGAGCCUGUAAUUCCAAUAUACUCAGCAAGACCUGACCAGGUAAAAAAGCUAUAAAGUUUAUGUGUCAUUCUGCUGCAAAGCAAACUCGAAGGGAAAGAGCUGGAGUUACUUAUUGCCAUUCUUCCUGACAACAAUGGCUCGCUUUACGGUGAUAUAAAACGAAUUUGCAAAACUGAUCUCGGGUUGAUUUCUCAAUGCUGACUUACUAAACAUGUGUUAAGGAUUAACAGACAGUAUUUGGCAAAUGUGUCGCUCAAAAUCAAUGUGAAGAUGGGAGGAAGAAAUACAGUGCUUUUAGAUGCUUUAAGCUGGAGGAUUCCCUUGGUUAGUGACAUUCCGACCAUAAUUUUCGGGGCUGACGUAACACAUCCCGAGUCUGGAGAGGAUACUAGUCCCUCUAUAGCUGCUACCUCCCAAGACUGGCCAGAGGUUUCAAAAUAUGCCGGGUUGGUAUGCGCUCAGCCUCAUCGGCAAGAACUUAUUCAAGAUUUAUUCAAAACCUGGCAAGAUCCUCAACAGGGCACAGUUUCUGGUGGCAUGAUAAGACAUGUGCAGGCUUGUGCAUCACUUGAAGCUAGUUACCAACCUCCAGUAACAUUUGUUGUUGUCCAAAAGCGGCAUCAUUCUCGACUUUUCGCAAGCAAUCACGACAACAGAAGUAACACCGACAAGAGUGAAAAUAUUUUACCAGGUACUGUUGCGGAUUCUAAAAUAUGUCAUCCCACAGAAUUCGAUUUUUAUUCAUGUAGUCAUGCAGGAAUUCAGGGGACUAGCCGUCCUGCUCAUUAUCAUGUGCUACGGGAUGAGAAUAGCUUCAUUGCCAACGAGAUUCAGUCUCUGACAAACAACCUCUGUUAUACGUAUGCUAGAUGCACACGAUCCGUUUCUAUAGUGCCUCCUGCAUACUAUGCUCAUCUGGCAGCAUACUGAGCUCGAUUUUAUAUGAAACCUGAAGCAUCAGAAAAUACUAAACUACGAUGCAUGCGUAGAGCCAACGGGUCAUGUGUUCAGCCACUGCCUGCAUUAAAAGAGAAGGUGAAGAAUGUGAUGUUUUAUUGCUAAGUUAAAAAUGAGAAAGUACAGAAGAAAUAAGAAAAAAUAAAAAAAAUAACCAUCUUGUACGCAGCAGUUCUUAUUAGCUUAUAGCUUUAGCGAAUUUCCACUGAUUUCUUUUAUCUAAUACAGUGCUAGUUAAAUGCGUAUUGUAAUAUCGUGGUAUAAUAGCAAACACCUUAGCAUAAUUUGGUAGUGAGUUAUUUCUAGUAGA